AUGGAAAAAUGGUUUCGUUUACCAACCAUAGCCCAACCUUUUGUCUUUUUUAGGAUUUCAUCUAUCAUUAAAGUUUCAGACGUUUCGUCUUUCUCCAAGGGAUUUUUCAUCAUUUCGCCAGGUGCUUCACCUUUCUAUAGGGUUUCAUCAUUUCGUCAAGGGUAUCGUUUUUCAUCAUUAAGUAAAAUAGUUUUGCCAAACAACUACACUCCUACACUUAAAAUUCAAUAUCAUAUAAUUAAUAAAAAUGCAGCAGAAACAUAUCACGCCAAUUUAACAUUAGACUAUCUUAAAAAAGCUGGAAAUUUUGAUGGUGCGAUUCAAUUAUUUAAUAGUCUUGACGAAUUUGACAUCAAAAAAGAUGUUUAUACAUACAAUUGUAUAAUUCAUAUAUACUCAAUGAAACAAGAUAUGAACAAAUCUAUAGAAUAUUAUGAAGAAAUGUUAUCAAAUGGAAUAGAAGCAGAUUCUGUAACAUAUUUAAUAUUGAUUGAUGGUUUCGGAAAGCAAAAGGAUACAAAGAAAGCUCUAGAAUUUUAUAAUAAGAUGAUAUCUUGUAAUAAACAACCAACGACAAAAAUUUUUUCAUCUCUUAUAAAUUCAUGUAUAAAAGAAGAUCAAAUAGAACAAGCUGAAGAAAUUUUUAAAGCCAUGAAAUCGUUUAAUAUACAACCGGAUAUUAGAUUAUAUAAUACUCUAAUACGUAAUUCAAUAAUUAAAUUCGAUAUGAAAGCUGCAAAUCAAUUUUAUAAUGAAAUUAUAAGAUUUGGAAUAGAACCAGAUGUUUAUACUUUUGCAAUGAUGAUUGAUGGAUAUUUAAAAGUCGGUGAUCAAGAAAGUGCUCAAAAAAUUUAUUCAUAUAUGAUGAAUAAUGGAAUAAAUAUUAAUUCAACGGUAAUUAAUAUUUUAAUGCAAUUAUAUUUUGAAAAAAAUGAUUCAAAAAUGGUUCAUAAUAUUUUUGAACAAUAUUUUUCAAAUCCUUCAUUUUAUAAUAAUGGAAUUUCACCUGAUAUUAAAUCAUGGACAAUUUUUUUAAAAUCAAGAUUACGACUUACAAAAGAUAUUGAAGAAGCUUAUGAUAUAUAUAAGGAAUUUUUAAUGCAAAUUGAUAAGAAUGAUGAUUUAAAUUUUCAACUUUUACCUGAUUGUCGUGUUUUUAAUCAUUUUCUUACAAUAUUUGCUCAUAAUUAUGGAAAUAUGACACUUUCUCAAGAAGUUUAUGGUGAAAUGAUUAGAAGAAAUAUUUUACCCGAUGUUGUAACUCAUACUAUAUUAAUUGAAGGUUAUGCUUUAUUAGGUCAAGUUGAAAAGGCAAAUAGACAAUUUCAAAUUAUGAAAUCUAAUAACAUUAAACCUAAUGUAUUUACUUAUACAAGUUUAAUCAAAGCUUGGGCUCAAGUUUGGAGAAUUGAUAAAAUUCAACAAGUUUAUAAUGAAAUGAUCAAAUCCGGUAUAAAACCUCAUAGAGCAACUUAUCGUGCGAUAGCUUCUAUAAAAAAUUCAAAAUUUGAUAUCUCUCAACAACAACAACAAAAAAAUUUAUCAAUUUUACCUAUAUCAAGAACACCACAACAUGUUAAAGACACAAUAAAAUUAUAUGAUAAACUUGAAAAAGUUCAAGAUUCUGAAACAGCUUAUAGUCUUUUCGAAAAUUUUUUAAAAAACUUUGAUAAUACAAAUUACCUUGAUUAUAAUUCAAAACCAAAUAUUUAUUCUUUUACUAUAUUUAUGACAAGUUUUGUAUUUCAUCAUAGAGAUAUGAUAUUUGCUCUUAAAGUAUUUGAAGAAAUGUUAAAAAGAAAUAUUCCGGCUAGUUGUUAUUGCUAUAAUGUUUUAAUUGAAGGAUUUGCUAGAUCAAAUGAACCUUUUAAAGCUGAAAAAAUGUUUUAUACUAUGAUAAAUAAUAAUGUUAAACCAGAUAUUAGUUCUUUUAAUAGUUUAAUAUCUGCUUGGAUUAUGGUUGGAAAAAAGGAUAAAGUAUUCAAUACUUAUCAUGCGAUGAAAAAAUAUGGGUAUAGUGGCACAUAUCCAAAUACUGCUGCAAAUAGAGAUUCCGCUAACCGGAAACCGUGA